AGAGAAGCAUUGAUGUGAGAGAAGUCAGUUGCCUCCCAUACAUGCCCUGACUGGGGACUGAACCCACAACCUGGGCAUGUGCCCUGAUCAGGAAUUGAAAUAGCAACCUUUAAAAAUUUUUUUAAAAUUUUAUUUUAUAGAGACAGGAAAGGAGGGAAAAGGAGAAAGAAACAUCAAUGUGUGAUUGCCUUUUGAGCACCCCCUACUUGCGACCUUGGCCUGCAACCCAGGCACGUGCCCUGACUGGGAAUUGAACUGGUGACCCUAUGGUUCUCAGGCUGGUACUCAACCCACUGAGCCACACUAGCCAGGGCUGAACUGGCAGCCUUUCACUUUGUAGGAUGAUGCUCCAACCAACCGAGCCAGACUGGUCAGGGCUACGCACCUGUCUUUUGAUUGUUCUAUCAUUUAUCUCCACAGCUAUAAUUAUAUCACCUUGUAGCAUUCUGUAUGUAUAGAUGAAGAAAUUGAAAUGAAAUAACUUGCCUGAAUUCAGUAGAGAUGGGAAACUAUAUCUGAUGCCAAAGCCCAGGCUCUUAACUGUGGGCUCCUUUCUCUUUCUCCCCUCCUCUGUACCUCUGGAGUGCCUCACCUCUUUUUCUACCAUUCAGUCUUUGUCCAUGAAGCUCUUGUAAUUUCCUCCAGGGAGCUUUCAUAUUACUUCCCUGUAACAGUUUUCCAACAUGUCUCCUUAUAUUCUUGACUCAGUUCCCCUUGUCACUUCCCCACCCUUUGCUCCAAGCUGCCCUGACCUUUACAGCAUAACCUCAUUCGGUUAAACAGGUAAGGUGUAUGUGGGUCAGGUGAGGGAGGCCAGUGAAAGAGUUGGCUUUGUUUUCCAGGACAUACACGAACGGCACCUGUUGUUUGCAGUAUAAUUGGAUGAUAGUUCAUACCUAAGAAUAAAUUGUUCUUCUCCUGUAGAAUAAAUGUUUUCUGUUGUUUUGUUGUCUCAUCAUCGUUUGAGAAGCCACUGAGCAUCCCCUUACUCAGAUGGAGGCACAAAUCUGAAUAGAGAACUGGAAUAAGUGCCAAAUUAAUAAUUUUUGUAUGGCUGUUGUGGUUAACUAUGUCAGUAUUAUCAGUUUAAGUGGGAGUUCGCCAUUCAGAUUAUCUUGAAAGUAAGAUCAUAUGGGUCUGUGACCAAGUCAAGGAAGUAAAAGAAAGGGUAAGGGGACCGGUAUGGGCACCGCAAUGUGCCAGGCGUUGUACCGCGUGUCCGAGAUGCAGCGUCGCAUUUUAUCAUUAGAGUAGGUGUGUGGAGUUGGUGUCACCCAGCUAACCAGGGAACAGGCCCACAGGCACUUAACUGACUUAACCCGAGGUUGUGUGUGUGGUAGUUGUAAAACCAGUGUGAGCCAGAUGUUUUUCCUUAAAGCCUGUGUUUUUUUUCCCCACUUAAUCACACUCCCAGAAGCUUUCAAGAACACAGACAGGAUUGGGAGGUAGGCUUCAACACGAACGCUGGCUCUUACCAGUUAGCGGCUUAUGGAGGGUUGUGAGCCCGAUGCGGGUGGUGUCCGCUGUGGCUCCAGUAACUGGACUGAAAGGUCCCUGAGCGGAUGAUACUACUCAGAGAACAUCUUUUUGAUUCUUUGUUUUUAUGUGAAUGCCACUAGUAUCAGGUGACAGAAUCUUGGCAAGACUUUGGUCAAGAACGCAUUUGGAGUAACUCAUGGAUUUUACUGAGUUUAAGUAAAAACUGCCUUUCUUGUAGAACAUUCUGUAAAUUAAGUUAUCAGAUUAUACAGGCUAGAUAGAUCUUUGUCUCUGACCCCUCACUGGUCAAAGUUGUGAGGUGCUAUAUUGACUCACCUCAGUUUGGGGUAACCUGUAUCUAUCUGCAUCCCCCCAUGAAAGUGGAGGGAGGAUUGAAUGUUAUCUGCAGGGUCAGCAUUUGAAGAGUCAGGGAGACGAGAAUGCCAAGCAUGUCCUCUGCUUACUUUUCAUUGUGAGUGGUCAGGAGAAUUCAUCUAUAACUUACAACCUUUUGUCGGAGGUGUAGUUUUGAAGUUAUGGCCUGCAUUUUGAGUAUUCUUUCCAAACUGACAAAACUUUCACAUGUUAACAGGGUAUGUAUGCCUUUAUUUUUUUAAGAAUGAAAUGUCACCUGAAGAACUUCUUGCUGUUGACGAUUUUGUCUUUGUUGCCAACAUGUCAGAUAGGGAUCUGUUUCGUGCAGAGGUGCCAGAGGCAGUUUGUACUUGGAAAAUCUUGCAGACCAGUGCUUAGGCAACCGAUAUUUGCCAUUUUGGAAUGUUUAUCUGUUCUUUGUCCCAUGCCCAGAAGCUCCCAGGGUAGGUGAGUCUUCAAAGUUAGGACCGAUUAUGCCUCCCGAGUGGUGAAACGCAAGCAAUCCGAGUCCGUGGAGCCACUCCUAUAGAGGCUUUACCUCUUUUUGCCAAAUUGAUUACCAGUUCCUGGGAAUGAGUGGGAAGGCUAACCCCACUCUUGAGAGAGACCCUGGACAUGCAUAUGCACUUGCAUUUCAAGUGAACCGCUCCAGGUGAGCCAUUGCUUUAGUUUGCUUGGCCCUGGGGCAGACCUGUGGUCAAAGCCAUGUCCGUGUACUCUGCCUUAUUGCAGUCGCAUAGCAGACUUCUUUUGGCCUCAGCCCAGCUUUUGGAGUCCCAGGAGAAGUGUGAGCUGUAAACUGGCCAGAAGGGCUGAGUGCCACAACAGUUGGGGCUUUGGCAGCUCUCUAAGAAAUCUUAUCCUUGGAGACCUGUGGAUGGAUACUGUGUUUGGGUUGAAGUGUUCUGAGUCCUGCCGCAUCAGACAUGAAAGUACUGUCCAAGUCCCAAGGGAAAUGGUUCCUGGUCGUCUUCUAUCCUGGCAUCGGCUAUAACAGGACGUCAGCUGUAACAGUGGUUGUCUUAUGGUCACCAGAAUCCUGAAGUGUGAUGUGGGUGACUAAGUGGUUCCUGCCCUAGGGUAGGUGGGAGGCAGUCCUUGGAGGGGUGGUUUCUGAACCACGCACUGACAGGCUUCUACUCCUGCUUUGCUUCCGUAAAUCCCUUGCCAUAUGUCUGGUGCCACUGCUGAUUUCUCUGCAGAUUUGUGUGUGUGGUGCCCCCAUUCUACCUUCCCCCAGAGUCCAUCUUUUCUGGGCUGGGAUGUGAGGCCUCAGCCUGCUUCUCUGUGGCAUCUUCUGGGGCUGUAGCUUUCCUCAGUGUUUCUGCUUGCUGGCCUCGUGGGGAUUCUCCCCUUUCCUUUAAGCCUGGCUCAGUCCUGCCCUCCCUAGCCCUGCCGCCCAGCAUCAGUCCCUCGGGACCCCCCUUCUGCCUCAUCUCCCUGCAGGGCUCCUUCUGUCCCCCAGUGUUGUCUUCCAUAGACGGGUCUGCCAGACCAACCCACAUCUUCCUACUGAGGGCAGAAGCCCAUUUCAUUCCUUUCCGUAGGUCUGCUUCAGUGUGCUUACCCCUUUUAUGCCAUGGUCUGCGUCUCAGAAUGUUUUAUAGAGGUUUUUAUUUAUUUUUUAGAGAGAGGGGAAUGGAGGGAGAGAAACAUUGAUUAGUUACCUCUUAUGUGCUCCCAACUGGGGACCUGUCCACAACCCAGACAUGUGCGCUGACUGGGAAUCAAAACAGUGACCUUUUGGUUCGCAGAGUGAUGCUCAGCCCACUGAGCCACACCAGCCAAGGCUCAGAGUGUUUUUAAAUUCAUAAAAUAAAUAAUACAUAGACUUUUAAGGGAAACUGAUUCUGUUGAAGUAUAUAUUGUAAAAAAUUGUGAUAGAGUUGUAUGUGCUUCUUCAUUAAUGUAUCAAACAGGAAGAUCUAGCAGCAGGUCUCAUACUUACUGAAUUUAAAAUUAGCGAUACAUGUGAACACUUCAGGAUACCUAUUAUAAUUAUAAGGUGAAAUGAAAGUGGAUGAUUUCUAUUGGUGACAACCAGUGGUGCUGCUAAUACUACUGUGGCUUUUUGUUUAUUAUGCCUAUAAUUAAUUGAAAGGAACACUACGUUUUACUUACAGGUGACUGAAAAUGAUAUAACUUUUCCCCCAUCCAUUUCACAGGCCCCUUUCAUUCUACCUCCAAAUAAGUUGAUCCCAGGUUGUGGCCCAGGUUGAUCACUCCCAUGGCAGCACCUUCACAUAGCAGGCCGAGUAAAUGUUUGCUGACUCACAGGUCGCUGCUCUGAGAUGUGCUGCUUCAGUUCUUCUCCCAAGGCCCUCCCUUUUCUCUUGACCUUGACCUACCCUCACACUUCUGGUUAGAGCCUCAGCUCCCAGCUUGGACCCUCACUUCUUGCUAGGGAGUUGAGUGUGGGGGUUGCUGCUUUUCAGUAUUCAGUUUCCUUUUGGCUUGAGGAAAGUCAUACUCCCUGUGGCAGCAGGGAGCCCAGAAAUUGUGGGGCACAGGCCAGACCCUUUCUGCACCAAGCAGGGAGGGUAAGGAUGGGAGCUGACAUUCAGGAUGUCUUUCUACCAUGAGAGCAUGUCAGCGCCCCCCCCCCCUCGACCCCCUGGGCAAACUGGCCUCAUUUUUCCUGUCUCGGGUGGAUGCCUUGAGCCCGCAGCUCCAGCAGCUGGCGUGUGAGUGUUAUUCCCGGCUGCCUUCUCUAGGGGCUGGCUUUUCCCAGGGCUUGAAGCAUACGGAAAGCUGGGAGCAGGAGCUACACAGCCUGCUGGCCUCAUUGCACAAUCUGCUAGGGGCUCUCUACGAGGGAGCAGAACCAGCUCCUAUGCAGUAUGAAGGCCCUGGAGUGGAGGUGCUGUUUUCCCCCUCAGAGGACGCUGAUGCCCAUAACCUUCUCCGGCUUCGGCAGAGAUUUUCUGGGCUGGCCUGUUGCCUGGGGCUCCUGCUCAGGUCUGAGUUUGGGGCCCCCGUGUCCAUCCCCGUGCAGGAAAUCCUGGAUGUCAUCUGCCGGACCCUCAGCAUCAGUGCCAAGAAUAUUAGCUUGCUUGGAGAUGGUCCCCUGCGGUUGCUGCUGCUGCCCUCUAUCCACCUUGAAGCCUUGGACCUGCUCUCCGCGCUCAUCCUUGCGUGUGGAGGUCGGCUCUUGCGCUUUGGGGCCCUGAUCAGCCGCCUGCUUCCCCAGGUCCUCAAUGCCUGGAGCAUUGGUAGAGAUACUCCUUCUCUGGGCCAGGAGAAGCCUUACAGCGCCAUGCGGACCAAGGUGUAUGCUGUGUUAGAGCUGUGGGUGCAGGUGUGUGGCGCCUCGGCAGGAGUGCUUCAGGGAGGAGCCUCGGGAGAGGCCCUGCUCACCCACCUGCUCAGUGACAUCUCUCCUCCAGCUGAUGCCCUGAAGCUGCGCAGUCCCCGGGGGAGCCCUGAUGGGGGCUUGCAGACGGGGAAACCCAGUGCCCCCAAGAAGCUAAAGCUGGACAUGGGAGAGGCUGUGGCCCCUCCCAGCCACCGGAAAGGGGACAGCAAUGCCAACAGCGAUGUGUGUGCAGCUGCGCUGAGAGGCCUCAGCAGGACCAUCCUCAUGUGCGGGCCUCUCAUCAAGGAGGAGACUCACAGGAGACUGCAUGAUCUGGUCCUUCCUCUGGUCAUGAGUGUCCAGCAGGGCGAGGUCUUAGGCAGCUCCCCAUAUACCAGCUCGCACUGCCGCCGUGAACUUUACCGCCUGCUGCUGGCUCUGCUGCUGGCACCUUCUCCUCGCUACCCACCUCCUCUUGCCUGUGCCCUGCAAGCCUUCUCCCUUGGCCAGAGAGAAGACAACCUGGAGGUCUCUUCUUUCUGCUCGGAAGCUCUGGUGACCUGUGCUGCUCUGACCCACCCUCGGGUUCCUCCUCUGCAGUCCAUGGGCCCCACCUGCCCCCCACCUGCACCAGUUCCUCCCCCCGAGGCCCCAUCUCCAUUCAGGGCCCCACCUUUCCAUCCCCCGGGCCCUAUGCCCUCAGCAGGCACCAUGCCCUCAGCUGGGCCCGUGCCCUCGGUGGGUUCCAUGCCCCCAGUAGGCCCUGUGCCUCCAUCACGCCCUGGACCUCCAGCCACAGCCAACCACUUAGGUCUCUCUGUCCCAGGCCUGGCAUCUGUACCCCCCCGGCUCCUUCCUGGCCCCGAGAACCACCGGGCAGGCUCAAAUGAGGACCCCAUCCUUGCCCCUAGUGGCACUCCUCCACCUACUAUACCCCCAGAUGAAACCUUUGGGGGGAGAGUGCCCAGGCCAGCCUUCGUCCACUAUGACAAGGAGGAGGCGUCUGAUGUGGAGAUCUCCUUGGAAAGCGACUCUGAUGACAGUGUGGUGAUCGUGCCUGAGGGGCUGCCGCCUCUGCCACUUCCACCCCCCUCAGGCACCACCCCACCCCCUGUUGCCUCAGCUGGGCCACCAACAGCCUCCCCUCCUCUAUCUGCCAAGGAGGAGCCUGAAGAGCUUCCGGCAGCCCCAGGGCCUCUCCCUCCACCCCCACCCCCUCCUCUUCCAGGCCCUGUGACACUCCAGCCACCCCAGUUGGUCGCUGAAGGAACUCCUGCUGGGGGAGCACCCCCAGCCCUGGAAGAAGAUUUGACAGUUAUUAAUAUCAACAGCAGUGACGAGGAGGAGGAAGAAGAGGAGGAGGAAGAGGAGGAGGAGGAAGAGGAGGAGGAAGAAGAAGAUUUUGAGGAAGAAGAAGAGGAUGAAGAAGAGUAUUUUGAAGAGGAAGAAGAAGAAGAAGAGUUUGAGGAGGAAUUUGAGGAAGAGGAAGGUGAGCUGGAGGAAGAAGAAGAAGAGGAGGAUGAAGAGGAGGAAGAAGAGUUGGAAGAGGUGGAAGAGUUGGAGUUUGGCCCAGCAGGAGGGGCGGUAGAAGAAGGAGGACCUCCACCCACCAGCCUGCCUCCAGCUCUGCCCCCGACUGAGUCCCCCAAGGUGCAGCCGGAGCCGGAGCCAGAGCCUGGGCUGCUGUUAGAAGUGGAGGAGCCAGGGGCCGGCGGGGAGCCUGGCCUCGAGACCGCACCCACAUUGGCCCCUGAGGUGCUGCCCUCCCAGGAGGAGCUGGAGAGAGAAUCGGGGAGCCCCCCAUCAGGGCCACCUCCUCAGGAGCUUGUUGAAGAGGAGCCCUGUGCUCCCCCAACACUGCUGGAAGAGGGGAUUGAGGGUGGGGGUGAUGAGGUCCUGCCGCCACCAGAGACAGCUGCAGCAGAAGAAAUGGAGCCUGAACCGGAGCCGGAGACCCCUGCUCCCCAGGAAAAGGAGCAGGAUGACACAGCUGCCAUGCUGGCUGACUUCAUCGAUUGUCCUCCUGAUGACGAGAAGCCACCACCUGUCACGGAGCCUGAUUCCUAGUCCUUUCCUACGCCCCCCACUCGUUCCCAAUAAACUUAUGUACUUGGAUAUCGACUGCAGCUUCUGCCUUUUGCCACAACUGUGCCACCAGCCAGAAGCCCCACUGUCUGCGGGCUUUUCAAGGUAUCCAGAAUAUUCCUCAAGUGUUUCCAUAGCUGUUCUGUUGUCUCCACUGUCCGGAGGAGGAACCAUCGACUUAAAGAGUUUAGUCAUUGAAUUCUGUGAAAUUUGAAACUUGGAUGUACCAAAUUUAAGGGGCGCCCAUGGUGGGUAUGGGGAAUGAACUCUGUUCUGGGCCUGGUCCUUCUAGUGACAACAUCCCAGCCUCGUUCCUCUUCCCUGCCUCCCCCAGCACCCUCCUGACAAGAAUUUGACAAGCUCACCCUAGGCCUUCCUACCCAUUCUUGAGAUUUGGACAUUUUCCAGCCAGUGUCUGAUCCCUGUAAACAGUUCUGUUCAUUCUAGGCCUUGCUGGGAUGCACGUGUGAGCAUGAACAUAGAGGUGUGUACAUGAGAGGGUAUCGAAAUCUGUGGGCUUGAGGUGAAUGCUCCUGAUUUUUUCAGUCUGUUGAAGGAUGAACAUGCGUAAAGGACCUUGGAACUGCAGCGAAGGGAGUGUGACUGUCCGACUGCGUGUGCACUGAAGGGCCUCUGAGAAGUGACGUUUGUGCUAAUUUGGGAAACUUAGGGGUUUCAAAAAAUUUCCCCCAACUUGUUAUUCUAAAAAAUUUCCAACAUGCAGAAAAGUUGGAAGAAUAGUACAGUAUAAUACUUUUGCCUAGAUUCAUCGGUUGUUAACAUUUUUUCAUGUUAGCUUUUAUCUCUAUGAUGUCCGUAUAGCUACAUAUAGGCAUGUAUUUAUAUGUACAUAACUCUGUCUGUAAUCAAUACAUAUGUAUAUCUGCACACAUUUCCUUUAUUGUGGGGCCAUGUAAAAAGUGACUUGCACCUCUCCCUUCUUCAACAUUGUCUCCUACGGUUAAAGACAUUUUUCUACUUAAUCACAAUACCACCAUCGGUCCUAAGAAAAGUCAUAGUAAUAAAAUAAUGUUGUAUGUA